AUGUCACUCAUCCUUCAUUUGCUGAAGCAUCUUGGUGCCCGCAAUGUACCAACACUGAAAUCCCUGCGAAAAAUUCCAAAGAAAGUACACGAAGAAUUCUCUGACAAACCUGUCAAGAUUACCGGCAGCCUUGGCAAUAUCUUCUAUAUGAACGACAUUCGCCAUGCCAUUGCCCGUGAUUUCAGUAACCCACUUGUGGUGCCACAUCUGCAUCUAUACCCCGAAGAGGUGGAUAGGAUGCGCAUCUCUGAGCGUUGGCAGGCCGGGCGGCUAUUUGAAUAUACAGCUGAAGAACUGACACCCAUCUUCAAAACGGGGACUUCGUUAUUCCGACGACGUGGAUUAUGCGCAAAGGCAGGCUCACCUCUGAUGCCCUCUCCGUUGUCCGAACGGGCGGAGGGCCUGUGGGAUUGUACUGGUGUUGAGGUCCAAAUUAAUGCGGAUAAUCUCGACGCCGACUUCGACGAUCUAAUGGGCAUGUUUGACAGCAACAUUGUCUGGACGCAACGCUCACAUGAACACUUGACUCAGAUGCCAAGCGACUUUCGCAAGCUGAGUGGAAAUCGCGACCUAUACGUUGUUAGCGUCUCAAUCUGGAUCGACGACGUCUCUGGAAAUAAAUCAAAACAGUACAACAAGUUCAUGAUGAUGCUGGGGCAAAAUACCUCGAUUCCCGGACGAAUUCUGAAGCAGGAGUUCCAUGUUAACUUCAUGGCCGCUUCACAAAAUGCAUCCACCGCGGAAUUUUCGGCGGCAUUGAGGGACUCGAUACGAGCGACUGAAACCGAUCCGAUGAUCUGUUAUAACGCAGGGACUCAUCGAGAGGCUGCAAUCAUUUUGCGGGUUGUAGACGAGGAUGGGGAUAAUCCACAACAGUCUGAGGAAGCAAGCCAUAUGGGCUGCAACUCAAACCAUCCCUGUCGAAAAUGUAAAUGGGGCGGAACAAGAAAGGAAAAGGAAUCCGGACCAAUAUACCAUGAAUGCCAUACGCCGGGUAUGCCGCGAACAGCAGCCGAAAUACAGAGUGAGUUGUUAGAGCAACUCCACAUGGCAACGAGCGGGAGCACCCUUGCCAUGAUUGCGAAACGCCAAACAGAGACUGGUACCAAGGAUAAGCUCACCCAGUAUUGGAUUGAGCAAGUUCUUAAGCAAGGUGCCAUGAAAAAGGCCGCCAACCCGGGACGAAGCAAGUCUGUCAUUGCUCUUGAAGUCCAACAAUGGCUUGAUUCGCAGCCUGGAGACAAAGUUAAUCCAUUACUCGAUAUCAAAGGUCUUGAUCCUGCACGCGACACACCUGUCGAAAUUCUCCAUACCAUCCUGCUCGGCGCUGUUCGAUAUGUGUGGCACCAUUUACACACAAAGCAAUGGUCCGAUGAGGACCGACACCUGCUUGCAAUCCGCCUGGAAUCGACUGAUAUCAGCGCAAUGAACAUGCCCCCGAUGCGGGCUGCUUACAAGAUUCAGUACCGCAACAACCUGAUUGGCAAGGAUUACAAGGCCAUAAUGCAGGCGUUGGUGUUCCAUGUCCAUGGCAUCUGCACGCCCGAGCAAUUUCGGCUUGUGAAAGCGACAGCCGACCUGGGUGCUUGGGUCUGGGUUCCGGAAAUUGACAACAUGUCCAACUAUAUCGCGCAGCUCAAGACGGCAGUGGCGAAUGUGCUCGAUGCAUGGGACGCUGUCGAUCCACUUAGCAUCAUUGUCAAAAUCAAACUGCAUCUAUUGGCUCACCUACCUGAAGAUGUCGAGCGGUAUGGGCCUCCCAUCCGUUUCUCGACUGAGACACAUAAAGGAUACAAUGCCAUCUUUCGCAUGUGUUCCGUCAACGGGAACAACCAGCGACAUCUGGGAUGGGCCCCAAAUCCAGCUCCAACACCUGGUUUUGUCCGUUUUUUGGGUGUCAAGACUGCUCCAGCUCUUACAUGGUCGGAGACAAUGGCCAAACGAUAUUGGACUGUGGAGACAGAACCGACACAUGCGAGCUGGCGACGGGGUCAGUAUGUCAUCGCCCAAAGUGGAGACCGCGUAAAAGAACAUACUUGGGUCUUUACGAGGGACAUGGACCGUAACCCUGUCCUUGGGCGCGUGAAGGAGAUUGUCGGGGCUGCUAACUCGGCAAUCGUAACACUCGAACAGUUUGUGUGCACCGAAACCCGGCAUCCAGACUUCCAAUGGCCAGUUGUCCGCCGCCCAAACGGCUCAGAAAUCACGGCAGGGAAAACAUCAUUCUUCGUUGUGGAUGGGUUGGACCUGUUGUUCUCCUGCUCCGUCCAGCACGACUGCAAGAAAGCAGGCUGUCGUCCAUCAGUUGUUGGGAAGCAGAGGCAGGAGCGGUGA